ACCACCUUCAUCGCUCCUCGAAAGCUUCAACACCGAUCGCAAGAAACGAUUCGCUCGGCCGCUUCCCAUGACGGCGACGGCAGAGAUCUUCGUCGUCACCGGGCCGGGCCAGGGCCACCUCCACCCUUGCAUGGAGCUCUGCCUCCACCUCACCCGCCGCAGCUACCUCACCACCCUCGUCAUCCCCUCCCAUCUCUCCUCCGCCAUCCCUCCCUCCUUCGCCUCCAACCCCCUCGUCGCCGUCGCCCAGAUCGCCGGCUCCUCCGGCCCUCCCAUGCACGUCUCCGACCCGCUCAAUCAGCCCGCCGGCCGGGAUCUCUCGGCCCACCUGGAGAAACGGACGGCCGGUAGCGAGCCGCUGCGUGUGGUGUGCGCGGUCGUGGAUUUCCAGGUGGGGUGGACCAGGGAAGUGUUCUGGAAGUUCGACGUCCCGGUGAUCAGCUUCGUCACCUUCAGCGCCUGCGCAGCGGCCAUGGAGCUAGGCGCGUGGAGGGCGCAGGCGGGCGACGUCCGUCCCGGCGAAGCUCGCUUGAUUCCGGGGCUGCCCGAAGAAAUGGCCAUCGUGUAUUCCGAUCUUAAAAGGAAGCCCUUCGGUCCUCCUCGAGGCGGCCCGGCAGGUCCGGGACCGAGGCCAGGAGGUGGCGGAGGCGGGCCGCCGAAGCCUGGCGGCCGGCCGCCCUGGGUCCCGGAGGUCGAGGGCUCGAUCGGGCUCAUGUUCAACUCGUGCGCCGACCUGGAGCGGCCUUUCCUCGACUACAUGGGGGACCAGAUGAAGAUGCCGGCCUGGGGCGUCGGCCCGCUCCUGCCCGAGCAGUACUGGAAGACGUCCGGUGACUCGCUGAUCUCGGACCGCGCGAUCCGGCAGCACAGUCGCGAGUCGAACUGCACGGAGGACGAGGUGAUCCAGUGGCUGGACAGCAAGCCGCCGCACUCGGUCCUGUACGUGGCGUUCGGCAGCGAGGUGGGCCCGGACGAGGAGGAGCUGGCGCAACUGGCCGCGGCGCUGGAGGAGUCGACCCGGGCCUUCAUAUGGGUCAUCGGGUCCAAGUCCGGAGGGCACUUCUCGGACGGCAUGGAGAGCAGGGUUGGGGACAGGGGCCUGAUCAUAAGAGGGUGGGCGCCGCAGCUCCUGAUCCUUAGCCACCCGUCGACGGGCGGGUUCCUGUCGCACUGCGGGUGGAACUCGACGGCGGAGGCAAUCGGGCGUGGGGUCCCGCUGCUGGCAUGGCCGAUCCGGGGCGAUCAGCACUACAAUGCCAAGCUGGUGGUGAGCCAUCUCAAGAUUGGGUACAGAGUGGCCGAGGAUCUGUCGCGGGUGGUGAAGAAGGACGAGAUAGCGAAGGGGAUCGAGAGCCUCAUGUCCGAUGAGGAGAUGCACGAGAGAGCAGCUUCGAUCAAGGCCAAGUUCGGGCAUGGUUUCCCGGCGAGCUCGGAGAGUGCAUUCGAUGCUUUUAGAGAUUUUAUUAACCAGAGGCUUUGAACGAGUUCUGUUGUAAUUGGAUCUUUUGGCCAUGUAACCAUGAAAUUUCACCUUAGUUCUGCUUGCAAAA